AUGCAGCGCCCCGGGCCCUUCAGCACCCUCUACGGGCGGGUCCUGGCCCCGCUGCCCGGGCGGGCCGGGGGCGCGGCCUCUGGCGGAGGCGGGAGCUGUUGGGGCCUCCCGGGUUCCCACGUGCAACCUCCCGGGCGCCCGCAGUCCGGAACCCUCGGCCGCACUACUGCCAGCGGCGGGGACGCCAAUUGCGUCUGCCCAUUCCCCUCCACGAUGUCCAAGGCCGAGGAGGCCAAGAAACUGGCGGGCCGUGCGGCCGUGGAGAACCACGUGAAGAAUAAUCAAGUCCUGGGAAUUGGAAGUGGUUCUACAAUUGUCCAUGCUGUGCAGCGAAUAGCUGAAAGAGUGAAACAAGAGAAGCUGAACCUCGUCUGUAUUCCCACUUCCUUCCAGGCCCGCCAGCUCAUCCUGCAGUAUGGCUUAACUCUCAGUGACCUGGACCGACACCCAGAGAUCGACCUUGCCAUUGAUGGUGCUGACGAAGUAGAUGCUGAUCUCAAUCUCAUCAAGGGCGGUGGAGGCUGCCUGACCCAGGAGAAAAUUGUAGCUGGCUAUGCCAGUCGCUUCAUUGUGAUCGCUGAUUUCAGGAAAGAUUCGAAGAACCUCGGGGAUCAGUGGCACAAGGGAAUCCCGAUUGAGGUCAUCCCGAUGGCCUAUGUCCCAGUGAGCCGAGCUGUGACCCAGAGGUUUGGGGGCGAUAUUGAGCUCCGAAUGGCCAUCAACAAGGCCGGUCCUGUCGUGACGGAUAAUGGGAAUUUUAUCUUAGACUGGAAGUUUGACCGGGUGCACAAAUGGAGUGAAGUGAACACAGCUAUCAAAAUGAUCCCAGAUAAAUAUCACAGGCAGGCUGUGCCACGUGUUGCAGGGAGUGUUCCCAUCUGUGGAACAGGGAAUCUGUCUCAAGGAGAGUUGAAAACCUGGGGGAGCUGUUCCUGCAAGUCAGAUGAAAUGUGUUAAAUUCCACUAAAGGAAUACCAAGAGUCCAGAGAGCACAUAGGCUGCUUCUUUUGGUGAGUGUGGGGAAGUCCGUGGAGGAAAGGUGGCUUUUGGUCUAUGCCUUACCAAAGGGUAAUGUAGGUACUGUGCUAAGUGUUUAAAAAUGUCUCAUUUGAUUUCCCAAUUUUAUGAGAUACAGAGGAGGACACACAUCAAGAGAAAUUAAAUGAUUUUCCUGAGGACUGCAGUGCCAAGAUGGGAGCCCUGGGUUGUCUGCCUCUAGAUCCUGAGCUUUUAGUCCCACCUUGCUUUGGUGCUGGGUCAAGGACCGGUUGUGUGACGUGAACGCUGGGAGUGGUAGAGAGCCUCUAAUGAAGCUUGGACCAGGGCUCUGGGGCCCUGGGUGAAGGCUGGGUGGGCAGUGUAGAGGUGAGUCACGAGUCCAGGCCAGAGGUGGUAUCAAGGGCUUAUAUGAAGGAAUUAAAAGGAGGAGGCAGUUGUGAGAGGUGUCAGUCUUAACAAUAUUGAGAGACUGAAAUUCUAAUUGGGGAUACUCCAUGACAUGGAAUAUUCUUGGGCCAGAACUGGCUAAUGGGGCAGAUAAGGUCAAUUUAGUAGAUUGUAGUGGCUGAGAGUGGAUUCUGGAGCAGUCUGCCUGGGUGGGAAUCCUAACCCAGCCUUGCCCUAUCAGUGUGACCUUCAUACACUUCACAAUUCUAGUAUCCACCUCAUAGGGUUGUUGGGAGGAUUAAAUUGGUUUAAAUGGAGCCCAUCACACAAGGGAGUGUUUGUUGGAUGAAUAAAUCCCUAGGAAGAAAGGAUACUAUCUUCACCAUUAAUUAAACAUACUAGCUUCUAAGUUUUCCAUGCUAUUGGGAAUGAAAGUGGUGUGAAUAUACGCCUUGCAAUAAAGAGGUAGGUCUUCCAACCUUACUAUGAUCUGUUGACCAUCUUUUAUUAAGUAAAAAAGAUGAGUUAAAUUUUGCUUAUUCCCUCACUUAGGGAUCUCAUUUUAGUGAAAGAACUAAAGAGCCAAGAGGGCAGCAAGAAGAGAGGAUGUAGAGGUCACUGUUAGUAAAAAAAAAAAACUUGCCCCUGAUGAUGCAGACAAACCCAAGGGACCACCCAGGGAGCAGCUCACCCUUGUCAGCCGUUCCUCUGUAGGUGGGUUUCUCGCAGUGCCCACUAGGUGGCUCUGUAGCCCCUGCUCAGAUCUUGGCUUAUGGAGAUACUGAGAUGUCUGUCCUUUGUGAGGAAAUUUCUCCCGUACUUUGCUCCCCACCUCAGUAAAUAGAAGCUGCAUCCCAGAGAAGUUCAGUUUUAUUAGGAAGUUAAAGUGAAGAAAAUUAAAAAAGAGAGGCUAGUAUUAAAUCAUUUAGCAUAGUGCCAACAAGGAUCAUUAUGUGGUUUGUUCUUUUCUUGUUCUCUGUUGUCUCUUCCCCAUUUGAUCCAUGAUAAUACUUGGUGCUGGACCAAAGUCAAGGGAGGAGAAGUAGGGCAAGUUUCAUUUGUCCCUGUCGUCCUGCCCUUGUCCCAUGUAUAUUCUUAUAUGUGAGGACACUUAGAGGGCAGCUGAACAGGUGUGUGGCUGGUCAAUCCCUUGGAUGUCCAUUGGGCUACAUCCAGAGCAGAGAGGCUCUGUAGAUGGGUCAGAGCCAGUGGGGCUCUGUCCCCCAUGUUCUCAUUAGCCUCUUUCCCCUUUCCAUGUUUGGUGGGCAGGGUGGGUCAGUCACUUGCUGGAUCUCAGUGACCUGAGGAGAGGUUGCUCUAAGACCAGACCUUAGACUGCUGCCAUUCAUCUCUGCUUUUUCUCUGAAGCCUUUUCUGAACCUGGUUUGACUUUCUUGGAUCAGCUGGAAGCUGGCACCUCGUAUUUCAGAAUUUGUGAAAACGAUGGGUCUUGAGUGGCCUCUGUGAUUGUCUUGGGGUGGCUCCGGUUGUGCAGUGUGCUGGGACCUUUCUGUGCUUGACGGGUAGAGGAAAAGCAGAU